UCGAUCAAAUUCGACUCGGAGUCGGGUAGAGUCGCCAAAUCGAAAACGCUAUUAGGGAUGCGUUCCACUUAUCGCCCGCAUCGCUCACUCACAUUGACCGCGGAUUUCCUGUUCUACUAAAUUGCAAACAUCGCAAGCGUUAACUGUAGUGGAACGGACUGUGGACGAUCUAGUAAAUAUGGAUGCUGCCGUUGUGAUUAAUAUGUUCCAUCAAAGAAAUAAUUAUUCUUCUGAAAGUUCAUCAAGUUCCGAUGAAGAUUGGGACAUGUUAAGAGAAAAAAGAAAGCGGAAGCUUCGUCCGCGAAUUAUAAAUUACAUUGACGUUGUUGGCCGUUAUAUGGAUUAUGAAUUUAAAAGUUAUUUUAGAAUGUCAAAGGCUACAUUCAAAUACCUCCUUAAAGUUAUUCAUGAAGAUUUAAUUAGGAAAGUGAAAGGCUGCCCUACAAUUCCUGCGCACCAGCAAUUAAUGAUAGCCCUUUGGAAAAUGGCUACUAUGGAUUCAUACAGAUCGAUCUGUGAUCGGUUUAAUGUGGGCAGAACAACUGCUCUGAGAGCAGUGCAAAGAGUCACUCGAGCUGUGUUUAGAAAAGCGGCAAGGUUUAUUCAAUGGCCUAGUGAUGAUCGUGCUAUUACUGUAAUGCGGGGAUUUGAAGAAGCUAGCGGAUUUCCAAGAGUUAUUGGAGCCAUCGAUGGUACCCACAUCUGUAUCGAUGUCGGCCCCAAAGGAGAAUCCUGCAGAUUAUAUUAAUCGCAAAGGAUUUCACUCAAUUCAGUUGUAGUUAAUUUGUGAUCACAGAACUUUAAUCACACAUUGCUUCACCGGUUACCCUGGUUCUGUUCACGAUCAAAGAAUUUUUCGGCACUCUAAAGUGGCAAACUUUUUAAACAGUGAAGACAAGUUUUCUGGAGACAGCCACAUUUUGGGUGAUGCUGCAUAUGAGCUGCAUCAACAUUUGCUUACCUCUUUUCGAGACAAUGGUCACCUUAAUGAGAGACAAAACAAUUACAAUUAUCGACAUUCAGCAGCAAGAGUAACAGUGGAGAGGUGUAUUGGCUUACUAAAAGGACGUAUGCAAAGUUUAUUGCACUGCUUAACAAUGUUUCGAGUCAACUUAAUGGCAGAGUAUAUUGUAGCAUGUUGUGUAAUUCGCAACAUUUGCACAUUGCGGGGAGAUGAAAUAGAUUUAGUCAUAUUACCUCCACUUGCGGAAGAAAAUGUAAGAAAUCAAAAUAUUGUACAUCACUUGAGACAGAAUGUUGCGACUUAUAAAAGAAAUUUAAUUAUGGAUAGUUUAAGAAAAUAAUCUAUAGGUACAUAUUUUGUAUUGGUAAUGAUAUACACAAUAAAAUAUGCUUAUCAAAAAGUA